AAUCUUUGACUUCUUUUGUCUCCAUGUUGUUGAUCAAAGUUUGUCGUGGUGACGUUUCUGCUCCGCACAGAGAUCAGCUGUCAAUCAAACACUGUCCUUCCUUUAUCACACAGAUUUACUUCUCACUUUGUAAUGGUACAAAUCUAUAAUUAUGAUGAUGUUUUACUGCGACAACCAGAGCCACAGACCAGAGCUGACUUCUUAAGAUAUUCACAGGAAAUCACACUGGAUCCAAACACAGCAAACAGAUAUCUGUUAUUAUCUGAGGGAAACAGAAAAGUAAGACGUGUGUGGAAACAACAGUCUUAUUCUGAUCACCCAGACAGAUUCACUUGUUGGUGUCAGGUCCUGAGUAGAGAGAGUCUGACUGGACGUUGUUACUGGGAGGUGGGAGUAGGAGUUCAUGUAGCAGUCACAUACAAGAAUAUCAGCAGAGCAGGAAACUCACAUGAAUGUAGAUUUGGCUACAAUGAUAAAUCUUGGUCGUUAGUGUGUGCCGGAAGUAGUUAUAUCUUUCUUUACAACAGCAUCGAGACUCCAGUGUCAGGUCCUGUGUCCUCCAGAGUAGGAGUGUACCUGGAUCACAGUGCAGGUGUUCUGUCCUUCUACAGAGUCUCUGACACCAUGACUCUCCUCCACAGAGUCCAGACCACAUUCACUCAGCCUCUCUAUGCUGGAGUUGGGAUUGGUUCUGGAGCCACAGCUGAGUUCUGUAAACUCAAAUAGACUUGAGUCAUUAAAAGCAGUGAUUUAGAUUCUGUGUGUGAAUCUUUAACUUCUUUUGUCUCCAUGUUGUUGAUCAAAGUUCGUCGUGGUGACGUUUCUGCUCCGCACAGAGAUCAGCUGUCAAUCAAACACUGACCUUCCUUUAUCACACAGAUUUACUUCUCACUUUGUAAAGACAGAAAUCUAUAAUUACACUGACAUGAAUGUUUUUGAAUGAACUAAUGUUGCUGUUGUUUUCUAAAUCAAUGUAGAAAUCAGGUUGUGUGAUGUUUUAGAAGCUGUAUUGAUCCUGAUUAGUGUUGCAAAGGGGCGGAACAUUUCCGGAAACUUUCUGGAAACUUUGCACGGGAAGUUAAGCUUAGGAAUUUUGGAAAUGUUGACACUUUUUUUGCAGAAGUUAGCCUAUAACAGGGAACUUAAAGGAAGUUGAAAACAAGAGUAUGCGAGCCGAGCUCAGCUGGACCCUGGUUUCAGUUAGUUGGGAACAUUGUCAGCCAGAAAAGUAAACCUAUGACUUUGUGUUGUUGUUGAACGUCUUUGUCAUUACCUAGCAUGUUGAUCACUUGUUACACUGAAGCCAUGUUCAUGUUAAUACCACGUUCAUCUGUAUAACUCUUUACAGCAGUGAGAGUACGAUGUAUGUACAGUUGCAAUCAGAAAUGUUAAACCCCUCCAAAGAUUUUAAGGAUUUAUCAAUUAAAGUUUUUUCAAAGAGCAAGAUUCAGCCUUGGAUGAUUUCUUUAUGAGUGUGAGUGAAACAGAAAAUCAACACAGAAAAUGCAUGAUGUAGUAUUUGUGUGUAACAGUAUAUUUUGUUAAGAUAUAUUAUAAUAUAUAAUAUUGUUGUUUUUAAAGCUGUCUGACAGUUUUUUUUUAUUAAUUAAUUUAAUUUGUUUUUACUCCCGAAUCUGAUAUAGAGUAAAGUUUAGCAAUUUAUAUUUAUAUAAUCCAAAACACCAACUUGCAAAUGCAAAGCUGGUGGAAUAUUCUCAGUAUUAGCUCUUCAACUGAUUUCAUUCUAUAUCAGCUUUCUCUAUCACAUAUUGCUGUCUAUGUUGUAAUCAAGCCUUCAGUAUACAUUUGUUUAAUCUUUCAGGUAGGAUGAGAUUGAUAAGUCUAAUACCCGGAAUACUAGUAUAACAAAGGACAACACAUUUAAAGGUUUUAGAUACGAUUCGGCUCUGGUUUGCUUCCAGUAACUUCUGAUGACACACACAAUAAACCACUAUCACACCA